ACUUCUGGCCCUUGAGUUUGUCGAAGGUGCCCAGGUGAGUAACCACUUCUAGUGGAUGGUCUUUGAUCAUAGAUAGGAAAACCAAACCUGUAACACAAGUGAAGAAGAGUUGAAUACAGGAUAUUUCUGUGAUCGAGUGGAGACCAGGAUAGAUUAGAGGGAACAAAAACUGGUUUGUUAUUGUGAGGGUUGAAGGCUCUGUAAUCGUUACUCGCAUUAAUACGUAGGUAGAAGAAAACAAAUGAGCGAAAAAAGUGCUGAAUCUGUAGGAUACAAAACACGGCAGUUGGUGGGAAUCUAAAAUAGAGCCGAAUGCUGGAAAUGCCCAGCAUGUUAUGUGCAUUAGUGGGCUGAGAAAAACUGGAAAGGCUGGUUAUCUGAAAUGACUGGAUUCCCUGUUGUAUUUCGAUUUUAGAUGCUGGGAAACGGACACAAACGUAAAUGGUCAGCAUUUGUCCAGAGAACGGAAAUGUUGAUAUGGCGCCACUUCUAAACGAAUGCUGCCCAGCUUGUUGAGAAUAUAAAAACUGAUCCCUCGUACACUACACUUGCUUUGAAUGUUGAAACAAAAAUAAAACUAAGCAAGUAAAAUCCAUGCUGUAAUUUAUAAGUUAAUAAGAUACAUUAUUUUGUUCUGGAACAUCAUUUUCUUUUUCAAAGGAGACGCGAAGCGCUUGCAGUAAUUAUUAUUAAUUGACGCGUUUCAUGACCCGCUUGGUUCAGUACCUGGGCCAGCUCCCGAUGACCAACGCUACCUGCGCCAAUAUGCCCAGCAAGCUUAGUGAUUGCUUCCUAUCCUCCGCCCAGAGCUUCCCCAUUGGCUAAUCGCGGUCGUAUUCCCUGGCGAAGUGCAAAUCUUUCACUUCAGUAAAUAGUCUCUCAACCUCCUGCAAACCUGUUACAUCCAAAAAUAAGACUUUCGGCUGAGUCUCGCUAAUAAAAGACCAGUCAGUGGAGUUUCCGCUCAUAAACACACACAAAAUAAAGUAAACCUCUUUUGGACUGGCAGCCGGAGACGCGGAGCGAUGAACCUGAAUUUCACGUCCCCGUUACACCAGGUUUCUGCCCAGCGACCGACCUCUUUCUUCAUCGAAGAUAUUUUACUGCAUAAACCCAAGCCCGUAAGAGAUGCCCCUCCCGUGUCCUAUGCCAGUUCCUUGGCAUCCCGCGUCCCGUUGCUGGAGUAUGGAUACCCUCUCAUGCCAACUCCGACCAUCCUGGCACCUCAUCCUCAUCACCCACUCCACAAGCCGGAGCACCAUCACCCGUAUUUUCUAACGUCACCUGUAGGGAUGCACAUGCCGGCUCUCUUCCAACACCCCCCUGAGCUUCCAGGUAAACACUGCAGGCGGCGGAAAGCCCGGACCGUCUUCUCCGACUCACAGCUCUCGGGGCUUGAGAAACGAUUCGAGAUCCAGCGCUAUCUGUCAACCCCAGAGAGAGUGGAACUGGCGUCCGCACUGAGUCUCUCGGAGACCCAGGUGAAAACGUGGUUCCAGAAUCGAAGAAUGAAACACAAAAAGCAGUUAAGAAAGUCUCGAGAUGAUCACGGUCAGAAAAACUCACCCACCGAGGAGCAGCGCCUCGACUCUAGCGUCAGCGGGACAGAAAUAGCCCCGGCAAAUUCCAUGGAGAUAAAGUCUUUAGGCAGCCAGAACACCUUUCUGAUAGAGGGUCACGAAGAAGAUGUGGAUAUUAUUGAAGACGAUGAUAUUUGCUCUACUGAGCAUAUAGCGUAAAAUAAGAUUAAAAACUUAAGAUCCCGAAAUACACCAGAACGAGCUACUGAUCACACGGGAAAUACUUUGAGACUGUUGGAUUUGUCAGGCUGCCGGGCGGAAGAUUGCAGUAACCCCGCCGACCUGACACGCCAAUCCCGGACCGUACCUUCCGAUAGUCUAUACAACGGACGAUCUUUCCUGUACAUAGUUAACUAAGGAAAAUUUAAUAUUUAUGUCAAAUGCUCUCUGUACAAUGACAACUGUUCGUGACGCUGACACUUCGGUAGCACUUGUAGAAUUCACAUCGUUAACCACUUAAGUUAUAUAAAUAUUAAUAAACAUAAUUGACAACUAAAUACUAUUUGUACCAUGGACUCCUACAGUAAAGUACAGAGAAAUACAAAUUAAACGUUAUUGCUCCGUCUGUCUGAAUUAGAUCUGUUAUAAACGAUCUGCCGAUUUCCCUUCAAUGUUAUGUAACCAUAACCUUAAAACGCAAUGAUGCGGCUUUAAGCGGAACCCUAUACAAAU